AUUGCUUUUAGAGCGAGUAUAGGAAGCCUGACAUAUAUUCAGGAGCAACUUCAGGAGGAAGAGGAAGAAAAAGAACAAGAAGUAUUAGCAACUAGAGCAAAAUCUAUAAGUCAAUAUGAAAGUGACAGCUUUAGAUGUUUAUUGCCACAGAUUUACUCAGCUCUUACAGCAACUGGAUAUCACGUGCAAUAUGGAAUUGCCAUGUCGUUUUCAGCAGUUCUCAUUUCUCAGAUGGAAGUGCCUGGUAGUGGUAUUGUAUCUACUAAACCUCAAAAUGCUUUUAUGGCUAGCGUAUUUACUAUGGUAAGCCCCUUGGGAUCCACAACAAGCGGUUUCUUAAUGGACAGAUUUGGAAGACUUAAUACUCUCAAACUUGGCCUUAUACCUACCAUCGCAGGAUGGAUAUUAAUUGCCUUGUCCAAAAGUAUGACUCCUAUUAUCAUAGGCAGAGUUCUUAUAGGAAUUGGUGCAUGUUGGGCUACCAAUCCUGCAUCUGUUUAUAUAGCUGAAAUAGCACACCCAAAAGUAAGAAUGUCGUUAAAUCAAUUAGCGCCAUCCUAUGCAUCAUUAGGAUUAAUUUUCGGCUACAUAUCCGGAUAUUAUGUAAGUUGGUGGAUUAUUUCGUGGAUUACGAUCCUAGUAGUAAUAAUUCCUGUCAUAGGGAUAAGCUUCCUACACGAAAGUCCACCAUGGUUAAUGCUAAAGGGAAGAUAUGAUCAAGCUAGAAAAUCCUUAAAUUUUUUUCAUAAAAAUCAACCACAACCACCUGGAAUGGAAGAAUCUUUUGCAGAACUUCAAUUUAAAAUGCUCAAGAAACAACAAGAGGAAAUUGAGAGGAGGCGUAAAAAAAUGAACAAUAUAUUAGGAAUUGCUAAAGAAUUUUUAAAGCCAACGGGAUACAAACCAAUUUUAAUAAUGACUCCUUUGUUUUUCUGUCAAGAAUUUUCAGGAAUAUUCAUAACAAUGUUUUACUCCAUAACGUUUAUAGAGGAAGCAGGAUCUAAUAUAAACCCAUACUAUGCAUCAGCUCUAAUUGGAGUAAUUCGAUUGGUUUUGACAAUAGCUAAUAUUUUUAUAUUAAAAUAUAUCACAAGAAGAGCUGCUAUUAUAUCCAGUGCCAUUGGAAUGGCUAUAUUUAUGUUCAUAUCUGGACAGUAUACAUUAUGGAUAAAACAAGGUGUUUCGACGGCAACAUGGGUACCAGUAACCUCGUUGUUAAUGUACGUUGUGUGUUCAGUGCUGGGUCUAAUGUUUUUACCAUUUAUGCUAAUUUCUGAACUCUUUCCUUUGGAAAUCAGAGGCGUAGGAUACACCAUCGCAUAUAGUAUCAACAUGCUGUUCAUGUUUGGUUCUCUUCAAAGCUACUAUUGGUUGAUAGAGAUUUUGGGUGGUGUGGCACACUUGCAAUGGAUGUUCUCAAUCCUUUGCGUUACUGCAGCGGUUUAUACUUAUUUCUUCUUACCAGAAACUAAGGGAAAGAAAUUAAGUGAAGUUUCAGAAUACUUUAAGAAAGGAUGGCUGUACAUAGGAAGAAGUAAAGAUAACAAAGAGAAGACUACACAUGACACAGCUUAA